GUAUGGACGACGAGGAUUCACUUUUGGAACGAAUCGCCGAAGUUGAUAAUCUAGAAGAAGAAGAAGAAGACGAUGAAGUAGUGAAGUCAGGCUCUCCGGAGGCAGAAGCCGAAGCUCUGGACUAUAACGAGGAUCCAGAGGACGGAGAAGAAGGUGAAGAGAAGGAAGAAGCUUCGGAAGACGGAGAAAUUGAGGAAAAAGCUGAGAAAUCGGAUAAAGAAGAUGAAGAAGAGAAAGAAGACGGAGAACUUGAAGACGGCGAGCUCGAGGACAGUGAUGACGGCGAAAUUAAGGAUGAUGAGCCGCAAAAACGAGCGCCUAUUACGGCUCCAGCUGGGUCCGCUAGAAGGCCCAUAGAGGUUGGUUCGAGUAUGAAUGAUAACCGAAUUUCCCGUCCAAUGGGUCGACAACUUCCACCAAUCCGGAAUCAUCCAUAUGUGCCACGUCGCGAAGAUCCUGGAACAGUUUCAUGGGAAGCUGCACUUUUAGCAGCAAAAAGAGCUGUUAAUGGUCGCGAAGACGCAGAAGCUGAUCGAGGAUCCACGUCACCUACGGAUCCAGACAAACGGGCGAUCCCAUCGCUUUUGGACAUCCGGACCCACAAACCACAAAUGAAAGAUCUCGGCCCACAAGUGAUCUACCCGAAUCGCGCGCCGCCAAAUCCAUCAUCAUCACAAAAUCGAUUUAAACGUGACUCCGCGCCAUCGGCACCGGCUCGCGAUGCUCCAAUGUUUCGUGGCAGGACCAUUAGUCAGCGCCAGGCGCCACCACAAAUUACCCGCCGAAAUUCGUCAAAAUCACCGCCUGCACGUGGAAUUAGCUAUUCGCCGUCGAAAUUCGAUGCUCACGAGAUAUCCAGUGAUACAGAUGAGGAAGCAAUGCAGAAACGACCGCCGAGAGAGCGGAAAAUUACACUGAAAAAGGCGAAACGGUCGUCUUCGGUGUCUUCGUCCACUUCUGAGUGCGUAAAAAGACUGUUUUUAUGGGAAAAUCGUCUAAAAAUAGCCACAAUCCCUGGAGCCCGUGACAUCUCCACCGACUCAUCUGACGCCGGAUCUUCUAGCAGACGGCGCCGAGCUCGUCGCCGAAGUCACCGAUCUCGUUCCCGAACCUAUUCAACAUCCUCAGAUCGUGGAAGCUCAUCGAAACGAUCCCGUCAGCAGCAGCACAUGAAGCGGAAGACUCCAUCGUCACCAUCACGAAGAUCCCGAAGCCGUUCACCUCCACCAUAUCCACCGGGACACGAUAAAAAAAUGUUCCAGCAGAAGAAAAAACGGCAGGAUAGUGUGGUUACAGGAGAUAUUCAUGCUUAUCGGAUCCCGAAACGAAGCUCUUCCGGCAGGGAUUCUCAGAAUUCUUCGUUUUUCAGCAAGAAUGGAGCAAGUAGCAGCUCAAGAUCUCAAAUCAAACGAUCUCGUCAAAGAUCGGAGACCCCACCGAUGGUUCCAUCGGCGAAACGUCGGAAGGAUGAUCAGAAGCAGAAGCUUCGACGUGGAGACACUGCUGGUGGACCUCAGAAUAUUAGUGGUGAUAGUGAUGAUAGUGCAUCGACAUUUGACUCUCGGCGAGGAAAAAGGAUCUCGAAGAUCAAACGGAACCGCCGAUCGCCUUCUAAGGAGAGCAUCACGUCGAGAAGUAGCUCGUCGAGCUCGUCGAGCAGAAGCAGGAGUCGAUCUAGUCAUUCGGAUAGCUCAGAUUCCUCCAGCUCCAAACUUCCAUCUCGCUACCGCCAAAAACUUCCAACGGAGCAAGAGAAAAUCAGCUCCGAUGAGGAUGAGCCAGCGGAGCCAAUUGCUCAAAAAGCUGCAGCUCCAGUGAGCCCAAAUCCAGCUUCAUCGCGCUCCGCAUCACCGGAGCCAGCUCAGCAAGUCGAUGAGCUUCUGGAAUCCGAAGAAGCUGCUCCACCACCACCACCUCCACCGCCACCAGAAAAUGAGCCGGAGGAAUUUCCACCACCACCACCGUCGAUUUCGAUUCGGGAAACGAAGAAACAGUUGAAAAUGCGGCUGAAAUCAAUCAAUAAAAUGCUGGAAAUUCAAAAAUCCUCCCCGUUGCUCGAGGGAAAUUCAUCGGAGAGCUCGGCCACGGCGACUGCUCAAUGAGCACUAAUUUCUUGGGAUUUUUAAUUCAAAAAGUUGAAAAAUAGUCUAAAAAGCUGAAAAAAACCGAGCAAUUUCGCUGAUUGGUCCAAAAGUGGGCGGAGCGAAUCGCUGAUUGGUCGCAGUUGAAUUUUUCAUUUUUUGUUUUUUUUUCAAUUUUUUGAAGCAAAAUCCCUAGAAAUAAAUUAAAUUUCAUAUUUUAUUUAUUUAUUCCCCAUCUCCUCCCACCCACAUCUAAAGUGCAAUAGAGCACGCUUUCUCUCUCUCGUUUUUGCUACGGUUUUUCAAUUUUUCCCUUCUUUUCUCUCUACCAAAAUCGCUAUAAUAUUUUUUUUUAAUUGGGUUUUUUCAAUUAUUUUACCCCGAACCCCCCCUCCCCGUCGGUUUUUGUGAUUGUUUAGAAAUAUUUUUAUGUGUGGUUUAGUUUUUGAAACUUUUUCUGUUUUUUUUUUGUCUAUAUAAAUACAAUAUCUGGGAAUUUUUAAA